AUGUCUUGGAAGCCAGCAAACCCCCUUUUGUUUCUUGUGCUCGUGUUUCUGCUCGCAGGAGAUUUCGGGUUGCACAUCUUUGCCGACGCUAAUUAUAUAGAAUGUAACGACUCUUGGGAACCAGCAGGGGUGCUGAACAAUAAUAAAAUGCACAAGUGCGGUCUCAAGGACUCUAAAGGUGUGACUUCCGCAUACUGGUGCGAAUCGUGCAACAGGAGUGAUAACAAAAAACCCAAUGCUGUUGACUGUGUUGGCCCACAAAAGUUGAGCACGCGAGGAGCAUUUACUUGCGAUGCCGGAAUGCACUACAGCUCAAUAGGCCACCCGGAUCGCCCUAUUUUAUGCAUCCAUUUCUACCCAGCAGGACACCCAGAAGUCUAUACUUGCGCAAGCCGGCAGGUGAACCAGCGAUGUACUUCGGAAUAUUGCAAGCUUGUAACCUGA